CGCUAGGGUGCACAACAAGCAGGAGAAACCUGUGCACCCUGAGUUGGCGGGGCCACACGUCGCCAAGCCCCCGCUCCGCUGCUUGCUGCUGGUGACGGGUGUGGCGUGCGCGUUCCCCGCAUGGUGCUGCCCGUGAAGGUGGGCAGCGGCAGGCCCCCCGUGGCGGCCUUUGCCGUCGAGGACCUGCCCCAGACGGCUGCAGACGGCUCGGUGGGGAAUGUUCCCGCACGUGGCAGGGCGCCAGCUGCAGGCGCUGGGUGGCGCCACCGCCUCGCGGCGCUGGCGGACAAGGUGCUCCGCCCACAGCCAGCAGAGAUGCGCGUGGAUGCCACAUUUGUGCUCUUGGCGGCUGUGACGUAUGGAGUCUUGUUCUUCUCCAUGGGCUCAGCCUUUUUGCCCGGGCAUGCUGCCUGGGCCACCCUCCUCCUAUGGGUGGCCUCCCAGAUUGGCGCCGGGAUCGCGUGGCAGCUGCGCCUGCCCCGUGUGGUGGGGAUGCUGUGUGCCGGCAUGGUCAUGAAGAAUGCUGGCUGGUCCGCGACCACCGCCUUUCCAGCCAAGUGGGGGGUGCAGAUGCGGGCAGGCGCCCUAGCCACCAUCUUCCUGCGCUGUGGCCUGGAACUGGACUUUGGCACGAUGCGGCGCUUCAAGUACCCCGCCAUGCGCCUCGCUCUGCUGCCUGGCCUGGUCGAGGCCUUCUACGAUGGCGGCCUGGGGGUGGCUGUCUUUGACAUGCCGGUGCUGCUGGCCUUCACCAUGGGCUUCAUCCUCAAGGCGGUGGGGCCUGGCCUGGUGGUGCCCGCCAUGUUCCAGCUGCAGAAGACGGGGCUGGGGCGUGAUCAGGGCAUCCCGUCCACCGUGGUCAUCGCCGCAUCCUUUGAUGACAUUAUCGCCAUCACCGGGUACUCCAUCUUCUCCUCAGUGGCCAUCACCGGCCAGGGAAAUGUGGCCUGGCAGAUUGCCAGCGGCCCGCUGCAGGUGGUGUUUGGCAUCCUGGGCGGCCUGAUUGGCGGCGUGCUCCUCGGGUGCACCCGCCUGUUUAACAGCCGGCUGAAGCGGCUGGUGGGUCUGUACGGUGGCGCGCUGCUGCUCAUGUAUUUCCUCGAGUACUGGAGCCUGCUCAGCGGUGGUGCACUGGGCGCUCUGUUUGUGGGGCUGGUGGCCUCCAAUGCCUGGGAGAAGGGCUUCCCCAAGUGGGGCUCCUUGGGCACCUCCUUUGCCUUUUCACCGGAGCUGGAACGCAUCGUCGCAGUGUUUUGGAACUGGGUGUGGGAGCCGAUGCUGUUUGUGACCAUCGGUAACUCAAUCUAUUUCGAGACCCUCGACAGCAGCAUCAUCCCGCGCUCCAUCCUCAUCGUCUGCACCGGAGUUAUGCUGCGCACGCUGAUGACCUAUGCCGUGAUGAGCGGGUUUGGCUACACGUGGCGCGAGAAGCUGUUCUACGCGCUGGCCUGGACGCCCAAGGCUACCGUGCAGGCGGCGCUGUCGGGCGCCCCGCUAGCCCUGAUCAACAAGUACAAGGUGGAUGACCCAGACUAUGCACAAUGGCAGCAGUGGGGCGAUGAAAUCCUGGUGACUGGAAUUUUUGCCAUCAUCAUUUGUGGCACGCUGGGCACGCUGGCAAUACACCUCACGGCGCCGCACCUGCUGACACCGGCAGAGGGUAGUGUCAGCGGCAGCGAGGAGUCGGAGGGCGAGGAAUUGGAACUGGGAGAGGAGGGCGGCGACGGCCCCUCAGGGUCGCAUCGCGGGACAACACCGGCCUCCCCGCGGCUAGGGGGUGUGCACGCGGAGCCAGAGAGUGAAGCGGGCAGCCCGCAGCUAGGCGUGCACCAUCGCAGGGCCGCCUCAGGGACUGCGCUGGCCGAGCAGGAGGGCACGGUACCGCUGCCGUCUGCCUACGAGCUGCUUGCUGAGUACCUGGAUGCCAUCCGCCUGCUCACGGCCGCGGUGCAUGACGACCGCAAGACCAAGGCAGACAUGGUGCUUUUGAGCGACCGCGUGCUGGAGACGCAAAAGCGAGUGGAAGCGGUGAUGGAGCGGCGCGAGCCAUCGGUGCGAGAGCUGUUCCGCACCGCCUCGGCACUGGCGCAGACCUUUGUCAUGCGCCCAGCCUCAGGUCACGCACAUUCGUUGGGCCUUGUGCGCCAAGGCAGCGGCAGCGGGCAUGGCGGCACGCAGUUCCACCGUUCGCAGGAUGUCAGAUCAGCAUCGCGGCAGGCACAGGGUUCGGUCAAGGGCAGCGACAGCAGCACGCGGCCCAACUCUCCCUCACCUGAUGACAUGGCGUGACAACAAGGCGGGGUACGCUGCCAGUCCUGGUGGCAUGCUCCUUUGGUUCUUUCUUCUCGCUGUGUUUUUGUUUCAAAGGCCCACCAAUCGAGGCCCCUAGCAUUCAUACACACACAUAAACAAAUAGCCAACAUUCUCAGCUCAAGUUCAUUGACUUAGCGCAAUUGGCGCAGGAUCGAUUCAUCAAGUAGCUCAAUGCCAAUGGUAAGAGCGGGGGCAGUGGUGGUGUGUGUGUGUGGGGGGGGGGUGUCACAGAAGCAGAUAUCAGUUGAAAGGAGUGCUGACGCGGCGGCGGGCACUGCGCGGCGUGCCGGUGGAUUCAAUGAUCUCGGUCAGCAGCACGUUGCCCUUGCCCGCCCCACCGGCAUCAGUGGUCAGGGUGGCGGUUGCACCUGCCACAAAGGCCGGGUUAGCAUACGUGGACCGCAGGCUGCCUGUGUUCCCGUCGCCCAAGUUUAGGCGGCGCUUGUGCCGGACAAAAAAUACCACCGCAGCGAUGAUCAGCAGCGCACCCAAGCCGCCCCCGAUGGCUCCGCCCAGAAUGGCGCCCAUGCUGCUUGAACUAUUGGACUCGGCAGCGAGAGCAUCGACAUUGGUUGGCGUCUG